ACAUUAUACUACAUGUUGCGGCGCCGUUGGCAUUGCUUCUGCCUGGCAAUGACGUGGCGACGGUCCGACUUCCGCUUCCGACUUCCAGUAUGUCCACCUUAAACAGCUACUACUACAUUGUCACUAUAGUUUCAGCUUCAUUAGGUCGUCUUUUGCCGGAACCGAGGCCAGUUGCAACAUCAUUCUCCGACACUUGCAAGUCGUGACGCUCGCAACUGCACUCGCAGCUUAGAAUCCUUCCACAUAUAUCGCGAGUAGCCGCCUUGGUCUUCGCGGGAACUUGACUGCAACAUCCAGCGCCAGGCCAAAUGUCUGUUCCAGCACUCCUUGCCCAAAGACAGGGCUCUUUCCUGGUCAAAGGACGCUCGCUUGUUGCCGGCCGCAGCGGUUGCCCGCUGCGGGCGCCGCGCCAGCCCAGGGUCAAAGUGCUGGCAGUGCAAAUAGACCGCCGUUCAGCAUUGGACGCUCAAUGGCGUCGUCAGCAGGAGGCCGAGGAGAGGAGGGCACAACUGGCGAACCAGCUUCUGAAGGGCGACAUGAUGGAAGUUAGGGACGCCGAUGAGUUCGAUGCCCUGUGCGAGCACGCAAACAACUCCCUCGUCGUCAUGUUCAUGUACCGGCCAUCUUGCGGAAGCUGCAAGGAUGCUGCGCUGCGCUUUGAGCAGCUCCGGGAGGAGGCCAACCGCACUCAGGCGCGGGUGGCGUUUGUGCGGCACAACGUGGAGACGGACUACGGGGACACCAGCGACCUGUCGCGCAUACACAGCGUCCGCGCAGUGCCCGCCUUCCUGUUCUUCGACGGUGGCGCCAUGGUCCGCCGCCUGUCGCUGCGCGACAUCCGCCGCCUGACCGGCCCCAAGCCAUUUGUGGAGGCGGCGCUGGCUGAGGACGUGCGAAAGCUCAAGUCCACAUUCAGGGAGGUGCUGCUGUCGCGCGCACCCAGCGCCCGCAGCUGAAGUGGGCUGUGGGUGGUGGUGGUGGUGGUGAAGAUCAAAUGUCCGAGCCCAACGAAUAGGUCUCAAUGGUUACAGGAGCGUCGCCCAACCCAGGAAUUCAGUGCAAGACGAGCGCCAGAGAGAGGCCUGAAGCUGUGUCGACACCCCCGGAUGUGGGCGCAAGCGGCAGAAUCGCGCGGCCCGCUGGCCACGCGGUGGAUGGGUUGUAGGGCUUGAAGGCUUUUCUGGGGUUUAAAGGAAUUGUGAAAAUGUCAUGCCAGUGACCCGGUGGGGCGCCAGGGUGGUCAGGCACGAGGCUUCUCAGCGGCACAUCACGUGCAUGCAACUGUGUAGAUCUUGUGCAGUUGCCAUGUCAGCUUUAGCACAGCGUUGAUGUCGUUGUUUAUGUUUGUUUGUUUGAUUGGUUGGCGGAUGGACGGGGACAGCGUACACACGGAGCCGCGGGCAGCCUGCAUUGGGCCGCCCUGUCCGUGAGGCCGUGGCUGGCAACUCCCGUGCGCGUAUUCGGAUGUGACGAUGUAUUGCUUGGAAGGUUGGCCGGUGCGCGCUACUCCCCGAUGGAUGUUUGUCGGGGCUGUGGCAUGAGGCUGCUCGGCCGGCGUGCGGACUUCGUGGCCGGACCCACUAAUGGGCAGAGGGGAAGCCGGACUCAGCACGCAUGGCGUCAACUGCGGCGGACGUGCUGCCCAUUGUAUACUACCGACAUAGUUGUUUGUUUGUUUCAUUAAUUUGUUGUAGCCAGCAGGGUUGUAGCCAGGGAAAACAUCAUGUGAAUGUUGCUGCGGCGUCCAGGUGUCCCACGUAGGGCCGGGCUGCUGCUGUGCUGCUGGCUGUCCACUGGCCGCUCAUCACAGGGAUCGCACACAACGAGGAGCCCGGUGCGUCCUGGAAUGGCUUUGUAGGGUUGGGGUUCUAUGCUUGUUGAGGUGAUAAGGAGUGGCAGUGCUAGGCAGCGGCUGUAUGUCAAUCUAAUGUCCUAUCUGCCUCUGUGUACAGCGUCGGCCGCAGCCCCCGGGCCGCCGGGCGGUGGAGUGUCCGCGUGGGUCACUGCUGCGUGGCUGCGGGCACACACACGCACAGGGCCAGAUCGCCAUGUAACAAUAUGCGUGU